AUGCUAGUUAAAGUGGCUAUAAAAUUGCACUCGUACUACUGGCCCAUUUACUUCCAGUCGAUCAGGAACAACGGCACCAGAGGCUUAGGCAUAUUUCUACUGCCAAUCAUCAUGUCUAAUAAUCUUGGUGCACUAUGCGCGGGCUGGAUUCCAUCCAAGUCUGGCCACUACGUCCCCGUGAUGUGGAUCGGUGCUCCUAUCUUGGUCGUCGGAGGCCGUCUCUACCAAUUGAUGUACUCUCAAAGCCCGCGCGGGCAAUGGGUACCAACCCAAAUCGUAUCUGGGCUUGGGUACAGAAUGUGCAGCCAGUUUCCUAUUCUUGCGGUCCAGGUAGUUCUCGACAAGACGGACGUGCCGACGGGCCUCACAAUGAUCAUGUUCUUUCAGAUGCUCUGGGGUGCUCUAGCUCUCAGUAUCGGACAGAAUCUCUUCACCGAUGCACUCCUGAGACUUCUCAACGCAAUCGAGGGAAUCAAUGGUGCAGCUGUUGUAGCAGUCGGUGGAGGAGAAUUUAGGAAGAUUGUCCCCCCACAGCUUUUGGAAGCUGUCGACGACGCAUUUAACUCUGAUUUGAAAAAGGUCUUCUGGGUUGCCCUUGCUACCCCGGCCCUUGCUUGGCUGGUCAGCUGGGCGAUGGAGUGGCGGCAGAUACCUAACACCAAGAGUCGGACUACGGAAGCCCCCGAGGUAGUAUCUCUGAGGAAUCUGUAG